AUGGCUUCCUCGUGCCGAGGCUAUUCCAAGGCCCAAAUGUGCUUCUUCAAGAUUCUCCGCAUAAUUUCAUCCACUCCACCCUCCCCAGAACAACAACAACAUGACGAAGAAGAACCCUUCCCCGCCAAAGGGGUCGGCAUCGAUUUGAAUCUCAGAUUCUCUUCCCUUACGGAAUCCGAAUCUUCUAGAAGCGAUGACAACGCCUCUGCCACGAUUCAAAACAGCAUCGGAGAAGAACAAGAAGAAGGGUUUCCAGAGAAGAGCGUUCAACUUUCAGAGAAACUCGACAUCAACGAUAACAACAAUGAAGUUAACGACGUUCGAACGGCGUCGUUCCAGGGGCGCGAUAGUAAUUGUCUCGAUUUGCUUAUAAAAGCGGCGAGAGUGGUGUCUGGAAAAGAUGAGUCUGACUCGGAGGACGAGAGGGGACUCGAUACAGAGUUAACCCCUCAGAAAGCGAGUCAGGAGAAACGGAAAGAUAGGUGGGUUGUUGUCGAUAUAUACGGCGACGUCGUGGAGGAGCGAGAGCCUGUGGUCCGGUCCAAGCGAGGGAGGAACCAAGCGUUGCCGUACCGGUUCAGAGACUCGGUGGUCGAACCGUUGAAACGCGCCACUCGUUCUCAGAGACCGCCGUCAACCCCACCCCUUACAAAACGACUUCUAAGGUCGUCGUCCACAACGUAA